AUGGCGGCGGCGGCGGGCUGCGGCGUCGGCGUUGGCGGCGGGGGCGUGAGGGCGCCCGGCGUGCUGCCGCUGGCGUCGCUGAACCACAUCAGCAUCGUGUGCCGGUCGGUGGAGGCGUCGCUGCGCUUCUACACGGACGUGCUCGGCUUCGUCCCCAUCCGCCGCCCCGGCUCUUUCGACUUCAACGGCGCCUGGCUGUUCAACUACGGGAUCGGCAUCCACCUGCUGCAGUCGGAGGACCCCGGCAGCCUCCCGGAGAAAGGCGAGAUCAACCCCAAGGACAACCAUAUCUCCUUCCAGUGCGAGAGCAUGGUGGCGGUGGAGCGUCGGCUCAUGGAGAUGGGCAUCCCGUACGUGCAGCGCUGCGUGGAGGAAGGCGGCAUCAACGUGGACCAGAUCUUCUUCCACGACCCGGACGGCUUCAUGAUCGAGAUCUGCAACUGCGACAACCUCCCCGUCAUCCCGCUCGCCGCCGACCUGCAGCAGCAGCAGCGCGCGCCCGGCGCCGUCCAGCUGGGGGCAUGCAAGCGGGCCGUGGCCGCGGCGGCGGUCGUCGCCAAGCAGCAGCAGCAGCAGCAGAGCAGCGUGGUGCCUUCUUCUUCCCCUCCGGUCACGGCGGCGGCCGCGCAGUGCGGCGUGCCGUCGUCAACGGCGGCCCAGGCCAUCCGCGUCGCCGAGGAGUCGUCGUCGUCGCACAUUUCGUGCGCGUGA